AUGGCGGACGAUUCGCGACGACGGUCGCGUUCUCGUUCGCCUGGGCGACGCCCACCCAAAGCCAACCGUGGAUUCAGGUGGAAGGAGAGUCGCUCGAAUGAUGGCGAUAGGGAUCGACGAGACAACGACCGACGACGAGACUAUCGCAACCGGUCCCCCCCUAGAUAUCGCAACUCGUACCGCGAUAACGACCGCGACAGAAACGACCGCGAUAGAAACGACCGCGAGAGAGAUGGUCGAAGCCGAAACGAUCGUGAAUCUUUUCGCCCAUCACAUGAUGACCGCCCUCGGAGGAGAGACAGGGAACCCAAGGAUGAUUCAGAGAAGCCCGCCAAGAAGGACAAGAAACCCCCGGUUGCCGCUGCAGCUCCAGGCCAAGAAAUGAUUGUUGUGAACAUUAAUGAUCGUCUGGGCACAAAAUCUGCCAUCCCAUGCUUACCAUCUGAUACGAUUCGUGAGCUGAAGAUUAUGGUGGCCGCGCGGAUCGGUCGCGAGCCAGGGCAAAUCAUGUUGAAGCGCCAGGGCGAACGGCCAUUCAAAGACCAGCUUAGUUUGGAGGAUUACGGAAUUUCAAACGGUGUGCAGCUCGACUUGGAGGUGGAUACUGGAGAUUAA